CAUAAAAUGAAGGAGUAGGAUUUUCUUUUAUUCAGUCGGUUACCUGAAUCAGUGAAGUUGGUCAGUAGAAAAAAAAAAACUCAAAAGCGGACAAUAAGUGGUUCUUGUCAUUGUACCUAAAAUAAUAAAUUAAGUCAUGAGUUCAAUCAUGAAAUUUCCAUCAAAAACAAUGUACGUUUUGUUGAAGGUAUAUAAGCUUAAAGAUGUCCUGAUUGAGCUGUCGUGUCUAAGAUUGGACACUUGAAGGCGACAGAGACAAUGUAUGGCGCUAAAGUACGGUCCAAUUACAAUGACAUCAUCUUAUUACGCAUAUAAACACAGCUGCAUCUUUUAUGCAACCAGUGACCAAAAUCAGUUAAAUUGACGAUAGCAUAAAAUAGGCCACGCAGAAUGUAGCCUUCAUUUUACAGUGCCUAUUAUUAGCUAUCCAAAAGUAUAGAUACGAAAGGUUUUAUAUUUGCAAAUUAUGUUAUUGUACACAAUGUUAGAUUGUUCGUUAUCUAUAUCUAAAGAAAAGCAACUGAAAACAAAAGCAUUACAAAGGAUAUUACAAACAUAUUUAUUUAACAAUGUUCUGGGUGCUCCUUCUCUCAAAGUUAAAAAGGCUGAACGAGCAUGUAAACGCGACUCAGUUUAAUCAAAACAGACUUCAUUCCCGUAAUAAAAAGUUUGAUAUUUAAACCACACCACGAUUAUUAAAAACUCCCUGACCUAUGCGGUGAAGCAGCCUGUCGCUUUAAAUCGAACCCAUGCUGGGAGAGCUGUCAAUCAUGUCUCUUAGUCCCGCCCCUUCCUGCAGCAGCAGCAGCGGUGUCUAGUGGCUUUUCAUACAGACAGAUGCAUUACGUACAGCAGACACGCCAAAUCUGCACAGUCUAUUCAUCAGCGACAAAAUGGGAUAAUCGUGAGCGUCUUUAGAGAAUUUCUUUAACGGGAACUAAACGACCGAUCAAGGAGAGUGAUUUUUUUGUUAUUUAUUAUAAUUUCCAGUCUACAGAGACGUAAGCACAAAGGGCUGUGGGGAUAAUGGUGAUAAAAAAGAAAUCAUAUUAUGAACGCAAGACAACUGGAAUAGAUCGCCACAGACACGACCGGACCGUAUAAAUUGUUUAUGGCGACCAGUUUAAUUUGAAAAGCUUUCUAAGGAGUAUUUUGUUCAUCUCUUGCGCUCUGGAGAACAAAUGCUGUCAUUGUGCUGGGGACCGAGAUUUGUGCGCGUGAUAUUCUGCAAGUGGUCUCGUCGGAAUGGUACGCGAGAUGAGACUGCGCGUGCCUUUAUUGUUUCCGCGCGACAAGCUCAAUAACGGUCGUUCUGUCGUUGAACAACUCGAGCCCAACGACGACAAUUUUGGUACCGAAAGACUGAGACUUCUAGUGACAAUUCCAGGGAAAUCAUGAACGAAGUGUUUUGUAAACGUUUGUAUUAAGUGUUAUCGAAGAAAUAUUCUUUAUUAUGAACGGGCACUGCCGACUUUUCAUACUUUCCUCAAUUUUCCUCUUCUUCAGCUAAAUUCCACUUAGUUGAACAUACUUGACCGUGUGUUUCUUACCAAUUUGGUAUUUUCAAAUAGCCUGAGCAAACACAAUGGUGGAGCCUGUGGGUUUCAUUGAAGCCUGGAAAGCACAGUUUCCAGAGUCCGAGCCUCCGAAGAUGGAGUUGAGGUCUGUUGGGGGAAUCGAACAAGAACUGGAGAAGUGCAAAGCGUCCAUAAGACGCUUGGAAAUGGAGGUGAACAAAGAACGCUUCCGGAUGAUCUACCUUCAAACGCUGCUGGCCAAGGAGCGAAAGAGCUACGACCGGCAGAGAUGGGGUUUCAGGAAGCCACCUCACAUGACCGAAGGAGACCCCCAAGCUGUUGCAGCCGAUUCUCAGUAUCUCCAUGCACAGGAACAGGGACAGCCAGAGCGCAGCAGGUUUCAGCCUGUGGGGGAGUCCAGAGUGAAACCACGACCACCCCCGGCCAGGAAGUCAGCCUCCCACGGUGAUGGAUUGGAGCUACAGUCAUCAUUUGAGGCGCACCAGGCAGGGCCGGUCAGUGAGACCGACGGGCUCUCGCCAUCCACACAGAGGGGUGGAGUUUCCCCUCGCAGACCCCAUCCACCUCCUGACAAGGAGUUACCCUCAGAUCCGUCCCCCAAAGACAAGCCGGGCAUGGGGCUCGGGGUGGCUGCCUUGCGUUCGAACUUUGAGAGAAUCAAACGGGCCAACUCACAGUCAGCCAGUGAUGGAAAAUCAGGCCAAGAGAAACCAUUCUACACCAAUGUUGAGUUCCAUCAUGACAGGGGCCUGGUAAAAGUCAACGACCGUGAGGUCUCAGACAAAAUUAGUUCUCUUGGGAACCAAGCCAUGCAGAUGGAGCGCAAAAGGUCACUUCAUUCACUUCCAGGCAACCUUGCUACAGUCGCAGGUGAUCUACGCCCCAGGCCUGUCUAUAGGGGGCGCUCUACUGAAAGCACCUGCGGAUACGACGUUGAGUAUGAAGACGGCGAACCCAGUCCUCGCUACAGACCAAACGGGGCCAAACCACCACCGCCACCAUGGCAGCCAUCAGAUUUCCAGCCAUACACUAGUGUUUACGUCGGAGGGAUGAUGUCAGGAGAAGUUGGCGACGGUAGGGUCACUAUGAGAGACCAUGGAGGAAGUGACGACCAUCUUCUCACCUGGCCCAGGAGGUCGUACUCCCCUGGAAGUUUCGAGGAUGUGGGAGGCGGUGGAGGCGGAUACACCCCAGACUGCAGCUCCAAUGAGAACCUGACGUCCAGCGAGGAAGACUUCUCCUCGGGACAGUCCAGUCACGUGUCGCCCAGCCCUACGACAGCCUACCGCCGCCCACUCCGAGAGAAGAGUCGCUCACCUUCUCAGAACUCCCAGAAUUCCCAGCACUCGUUUGACAGCAGCAGUCCCCCUACACCGCAGACGCAGAAACGACACCGGCAGCAACAUGUCGUAGUGUCUGAGGCCACCAUUGUGGGUGUAAGGAAAACAGGACAAAUCUGGCCCCAUGAUGGAGACUCUGUUGCCUCCAGUCGUGCUUCCCAUGAUAACAGUUACCAUGGAGAUCUGGAUGGUCCGUUUACAGGCACUCCGCCCACCUAUGGUUAUGAUGCGGAUCGAGCGGAGGAGCAGCGUAGACACCAUGACAUUCUGCCCUACAUCGACGACUCGCCCUCCUCCUCCCCUCAUCUCAGCUCCAAGAGCCGCAGCAGUCGAGACACUCUCUCCUCCGGCUCGAUCGAGUCCUCCAAGUCUGCGGAGUUGGAUCUGGAGAAGGGACUGGAGAUGAGGAAAAGGGUGUUGUCUGGAAUCCUGGCCAGUGAAGAGACCUACCUCAGUCAUCUGGAGGCGCUGUUACUGCCCAUGAAGCCCCUGAAAGCAGCAGCCACCACCUCCCAGCCUGUCCUGACUGUUCAACAGAUCGAAACCAUCUUCUUUAAAGUGCCUGAGCUCUACGAGAUCCACAAAGAAUUCUAUGACAGCCUUUUACCCAGAGUGCAGCAGUGGAGUCACCACCAACGUGUGGGAGACCUUUUCCAAAAACAAGCUAGCCAGCUUGGAGUGUACAGGGCCUUUGUGGAUAAUUACGAACUCGCCGUGGAAACCGCAGAGAAGUGCUGCCAAGCAAACACACAGUUCGCAGAGAUCUCUGAGAGUCUCAAGGUCAGGAGCACCAAGGAGUGCAAGGACCUGACAGCCAAAUACUCACUGGAAACUCUGCUCUAUAAACCAGUGGACAGAGUGACCCGGAGCACGCUUGUUUUACAUGAUCUUCUGAAACACACACCUUCCAGUCACCCAGAUUACCCCCUCCUGCAGGACGCCCUCCGCAUCUCACAGAACUUCCUGUCCAGCAUUAACGAAGAGAGCACGCCUCGCCGCCAGUCCAUGACAGUGAAGAAGGGAGAGAACCGUCAGCUGUUGAAGGACAGCUUCAUGGUGGAGCUUGUGGAAGGCGCCCGGAAGCUUCGCCAUGUUUUUCUCUUCACUGACCUCCUGCUCUGUGCCAAACUGAAGAAGCAGAUUGGAGGGAAAAACCAGCAGUAUGACUCCAAGUGGUACAUUCCUCUCUCAGACCUCAACUUCCAAACGGCAGAAGAGUCUGAGCCCCUGCCUGUCCCACAAGCCCCUGAUGAGGAGCUGGAUGCCAUUAAGAUCAAAAUCUCGUCCCUGAGGAGUGAGAUCCAGAGAGAAAGGAAGGCCAACAAAGGGUCAAAGGUUAUGGAGAGGCUGAAAAAGAAGCUGUCGGAACAGGAAUCGCUACUGCUGCUGAACUCUCCUAACAUGCCCCUCAGAGUGCACAACCGCAAUGGAAAGAGCUACAUGUUUCUGAUCUCAUCGGACUACGAGCGUGCCGAGUGGAAGGAAGUGAUCCGAGAACAGCAAAAGAAAUGCUUUAAGACCUUCAGCCUGACGUCCAUGGAGCUUCAGAUGCUCACCAAUUCAUGUCUCAAACUCCAGACGGUCCAUCAAUUACCCCUCACAGUCAAUAAAGACGAGGAUGAAACAACUGGACUGUAUGGAUUCUUGAAUGUAAUUGUCCAUUCUGCCUCUGGACUUAAACAGAGCUUAAAUCUGUAUUGCACAUUAGAGGUGGACUCCUUCAGCAUCUUUGUGAAUAAAGCCAAAACGAGAGUGUACAGAUAUACUACCGAACCCAAGUGGAAUGAGGAGUUUGAGAUCGAGUUGGAGGGCUCCCAGACAUUACGUCUACUGUGUUACGAGAAGAGCUACAACAAAGCGAAAAUGAACAAGGAGGAUGGAGAAGGCACGGACAGAAUUAUGGGCAAAGGACAAAUCGCGUUGGAUCCUCAGAUGCUCCAGGGUAAAGACUGGCAGAGAACAGUCAUCCCUAUGAAUGGGAUUGAGGUGAAGAUAUCCAUGAAGUUCACCAGUCGGGAGUUCAGCCUAAAGAGAAUGCCCCCACGGAAGCCCAUGGGUGUGUUUGGAGUAAAUAUCUCCACAGUGACAAAACGGGAACGCUCUAAAGUGCCCUACAUCGUCAGACAGUGUCUAGAGGAAAUCGAGAGAAGAGGAAUGGAGGAAGUGGGCAUCUACCGUGUCUCAGGAGUGGCCACUGACAUCCAGGCACUGAAGACUGCCUUUGACACCAAUAAUAAAGACGUGUCAGUAAUGAUGAGUGAGAUGGAUGUGAACGCCAUUGCCGGAACGCUCAAGCUGUACUUCAGGGAGCUCCCUGAGCCCCUGUUCACUGACGAACUUUACCCUAACUUUGCAGGAGGCAUUGCUCUUUCAGACAGCGUAGCUAAGGAGAGCUGUAUGCUGAACCUCCUGCUGUCUCUGCCAGAGCCCAACCUGGUCACCUUCCUCUUCCUGUUGGAUCAUCUCAAGAGAGUUGCAGAAAAGGAGAGUGUAAACAAGAUGUCUCUUCACAAUCUGGCCACCGUGUUUGGUCCGACCCUGCUACGACCUUCUGAGAAGGACAGCAAAAUCCCCACUAACCCCACACAACCUAUCACGAUGGGGGACAGCUGGUCACUGGAAGUCAUGUCACAGGUACAAGUUUUGCUGUAUUUCCUUCAGCUGGAGACCAUCCCGACGCCAGACAGUAAGAGACAGAGUAUCCUGUUUUCCACAGAGGUCUAAAGGAGUUCUUAUUCCUAUUGUAAGUCUCAAACCGGUGGGCGAGGGAUCAAGCGAGCAUGUCCACCCACUGGGUAUAACGGACACUGGAAUGCACAAGAGCAUUUCGCCUUUCGCGCAUUUUCUAGCUGUUGCCACUAGGGGGCACCACAGCCCUUUUAAACGUUAAAGAACUGGACUUGCUCGGAGCACAUCUUGAAUAUUACUGAACCCUCUGCCUAUUUUCCUGUGAACAUCAGUGUCCGUACAGCACCUUCGCUCUUCAUUUUCGUGACUCAGACCCUGAGCAUGCGUCCUCUUGCAUCCUGUACGUGGGCCUCUUCUGGUCAAUCAUGUCAGCUGAUGACGGUGAAUUCUGUCUCUUCUGGCUUUUUGUGUUUGUCCUCAUUUCGCCUGUCCCCACUGGUCACUGAUGUUCUUUCUGUGCUGCUACAAUUCAGUAUCCAGCUCCAAACCGUUCCAGAUUUUGGAUCCUUUUCUACAAUAGAUAAUUACAUGGCAGUUCAACGUAGUUCUUAUUGCAGACUCUUAAAAGUCAAAUGAGUAGCUUCUGUUAGUGUAUGUCAAUCAUUACCAGAGCUUAAUUUAGGAGGAUUUCUGUGUAGAAGAUGGUGUUUGGUUCAGUUAUUGUAAGUGUUGAUGUGAUUCUAAGUUAAGAAAACAUACAUAACAAUUAGAAAAAUCUCACUAUUUUUUCAUUUCCCUCUUUUUUUUCGCCCAUACCUCUCUAUCAAGCAAUAUAGAGUGUCUGAAAACGUGUUACAUGUUUCAUUUUGCUUUCGUAGUUGAGAUUUUGGGAGAGAAAAGUAAAUUACCAGAAGGGUCAAUAUAUUUUUCUUUAUUUAGAUUUUUUUUUCAUGUAAUACAUAUAGAAGAAUUAUUUAUUUGCGGACAGAUAUCAACAUCAGUGUCUUUUCAAAGUACGUCUAAGUUUAUCGCUAACUUAUCCGUGUUAUGAAGUACUGUAGAUUCCUUGCAUAUCCUCUUAAUUUUCCUGUCUUUGUGAAUCCGUGAAAAUGCUCAGAGGAUAGCACACAACAUAAGCGUUUCCCCUGCCGUAUAUCUAGUGUUGAGAGAUGACCAAAUGGAGAGGAUUUUAACUCUACCCUGUCGUUCACAAUCGCUCUCUCUCUAGCUUCACAGCACACUGUGGUUUAUGUCUCGCUGAGAACCAUAAAGCAGUGCCUCUCUAUCUCAUCAUAAGACAUUAAGGUAAAAAAACAACGCUGUAUAUAGCACAAUCUGUUAUCCUUGAAUCCUGUCAGAUUGUUUAAUGAAGGAAGGGUUAAUAAUGGAUGCAGUACAGGAACAGUACAGGUAUUCUGUCUUUAUAGCAAUUCUGUUCAUUAUAUCAGUAAAAAUGAAUGCUCUUAAGUUUAUUAUUUCAGUUAAAGGUGCUUUAGUUACUUUAUUUAACAUGCAGGCAUGUUUUGUUUUUUUAUGUUUGUCUUGUGUUUAAGUGUUGUGCGUUUGAGUUGUAACAUUAAACCAAAUUUUGGCUACUGUAGAAGGGUUUUUAAAGAUUUUAUCAUGCAUACAAAAAGGGGUGCAACAACUGAAAAGGAAUUUCUCAUGUGAAGUCUUUUGUUUUCUCGUUAACGUGUGCAGUUGAGACUUUUCAUCUUGUCUGUCCUCUUUCUUGAUUGUCAGCACUAAACGUACAUUUCCUGUAUCUUACACCUGUCCGAACUGAAGUCAGCAUCACAUGUGAGUUUCUUUCUAAAGAUAUAGCCAAAUUGUUUUUUUAAAUAUGUAACUCUUGACAUAAAUUAAACUGUGAUCUAUUGCUAUCAGAAGGCAUUGGGUGAUUCAAAGCAUUCCUGUUGUGUUAAUUGCUUAUUUAAUGUGCUUUUUCUAGAUUGUUGAAUGUUACUGGGUUAGGAAUAUUGGACAUAUGCACUGGUUCAAUGGGAGUGAUACAGUGCAUGAUGUUUGAGAAGUUAUUUCUUUGCACUGCACAUAGUUUAAAGACUAAUGUGAUGAAAUUUCUUAUAAACGUAUUGAGAUUGUAUCACACACAGUUAGAAACGUCUACAAACAAAUUCAUGAAAACUUGCAUUAUGACAUUAGAACCUCCAGAUUUAUUUGUAUUCACAAAGUAUUACAGUUUUGAAUUGAUUGGUCAUGAAAGCACUGCAAGGGUCCAUCUGUGUCAUUCUUUAGUUUAUAAUGUUAUGAUGAUUUAUGUUGAAACCUUGCCUUUAAACACAUGAAGACAUGCUGGACAGCCACUGGGACAGGCUGUGGAUGCCCUCCCCUUUUCCUCUUAAGGUUUUUGUCACUAUUUAUUCUUGCUAAUAUCUUAAUGUUCUGGUUAUAGGACUGUGCAAAUAGAUAAUGAAUUCUGCAGACUGAAACGUUUGGAAGGCAUUUGCGGCCUAUGUUUAUACACAAAAUGUUGAAUAAAACCUCCUGUAUGAAUA